AUGGCUCUUCAAAGAGAUAUAGUCAUCAUAGGCGCUGGCUUCGCCGGGGUUUGGAGUGCCCUGGCCGCCAAGCGUCUUAUUAGCCUCAGCAACAAACAGCGAGAUCUGCAAGUCGUUGUUAUUGCCCCUGAACCUUUCUUGGCGAUCCGACCGAGGUUGUACGAAGCGGACGUUGCUACCAUGAACCAUCCUCUACGCGACCUGUUCGAUUCAGCGGGCAUCCAGUUCAUCCAAGCUACCGUUCACAACAUCGACACUACGGGCAACACUAUUCAAUUCCAAUCCACCACAGGCACCAAAGCUAGCAUUGAAUACAAACGCCUCAUUCUCGCAGCUGGAAGCCAGGUCGUGCGGCCUCAGACAGUCGCCGGAAUACAGAAGCAUGCGUUCGAUAUAGAUACUAUAAGCGCUGCUUCCAAACUGGAGUCCCAUCUCGACAGACUUCCAACGUUUCCUCCAAGCCAAUCUCGCAAUACUAUCGUAAUAUGCGGUGCUGGAUUCACCGGACUUGAGUUAGCAACCGAGUUACCGAAACGUCUUGGCGAGAAGAGUGGCGCUCGGAUCAUCCUCGUAGAAGGCGCAGACGAGGUGGGCCCUGAACUUGGUCCCGGUCCCCGCCCCAUCAUCAGACAAGCUCUAGAAGCUCUCGGGGUUGAGGUCAGACUCGGCAGCCCUGUAACCGAAAUCGACGCUUCAGGGGUGCAUCUGGCAUCCGGAGAGUAUAUCAAAACAAUGACAGCCGUAUGGACCGCUGGGAUGAGAGCGACUCCUCUCACGCAGCAAAUCACCGGAGCCAAAGAUACACUCGGUCGCCUUCAGGUCGACCAAUACCUUAGGGUGCCCACUAACGAGCAGGUAUACGCUACCGGCGACGCUGCAUAUGCUCUUGUCGACACAGACGGCCACCAUGCGCUGAUGUCCUGUCAACAUGCCCUUAUCCUGGGUCGUGUCUCUGGACACAAUGCGGCUGCUGACCUUUUGGACGAGUCGAUGAUCGCAUACUCGCAGCCUGCGUAUAAUACUUGUCUCGACCUUGGAGCUUUCGGUGCGGUAGUUACUAGUGGAUGGGCGCGAGAAGUGAAGGUGUCUGGAGAGGUGGGGAAAAAGGUGAAGACCUAUAUCAACCAGAAGCUGAUAUACCCUCCAAACGAUGCGAAGGAAGCUAUAAAUGCAGCCGAUCCUAAAAUAGCUAGUUCCGACGAGCUACUUACGGAGAUGCUUAUCACUGUACAGUAG